CUCGCGGUGCACCGGAGCGCACGCCUCAAUGUAAAUUCAGAGGAAUUUGUCCACCGAAUUUUUGUCGCGCGACUUUUCCACCGACAACCGAGAGGGAAAUUGGGAAGUUUUGAGAGGAGGGGUAGGCUCGUUCGUUGCUUUCGGACGACAUGCUUCGGAGAGGUUAAGAGGUAACGCCAGAAUGUUGGAAAAUGAUGCUAUCUUGAGCACUUGUUCGCAUGCGAUACAGCGAGAUCAAGUCUUUUCUCAAAGCUCCCCGGGUCCGGUGGAGACAACCUUCUUACACACUAAGUGAGCUUACAGAAAUUCCCACGGAAAUCGCAGGAAGACAUACGAGUUGCAAUGGCUGUGUAUCGCAGGCUGUGUCAGUCCCUGUGGGCCUGGAGCUGCAAGUACCAGAGGAGAGCGUACUACCGGAACUUGCAGGACAAAAAUACGCAAGCUGACGAGGAGUCAGAGCUUGUCGAAAACAGCAGGAAGGUGGUUUCCAUGAAGGUACUCAUCAGAGCACACCAGGAGCUCUACAACAAAAUGAUGAACGAUGAGCUGUCGAGCAAGGACUGGCAGGACAUACGCGAGAACAUCCUGCAGAAGCCCUUGGAAGUCCGGCCGGUGACAGCCACGACGGUCGACAGCGUCAUCAUAGACCUCUGCCUGAACGGGCAGCGCUUGGACAAGGCGAUGGAGUACUGCAAGUUCCUCAAGGAGCGCCAUGCCCCGCUGAACGUGGCGAUUAUCGGCAAAUACCUGCGGCUCUUCGUCCUGAAGCGCGACUCGCUGACGGACUCGGAUAAGCAGGACAUCGUGGCGACCUGCAACGCCCUGUUGGAGAAGUAUCCCUGCUUGGACUCGAUCACGGCCGAGCACUGCAUCAGCAGCCUGUGUCUGACCGACCAGUGGGAGAAAUCGAUCAAGAUCCUCGAAAUGAUCAAUCUCACCAUGAAGCCGGGCAGGACCGUCUACUCGAUGAUAGCCAGCGCGGCCUUCCAGCACGACAGGCCCGACAUCGGCUGGGACGCGACACAGCGGCUAAUCUCGCGUGCACUGACGCCCCAGAAUGUCGUGUACACGUCGUACCUGCAAUACUGCGAGCACGGUGCCGACCAGGGGCUCUUCGACGACAGACUCGAGGAUAUAUUCAGCUUCUGGGCGGAAAACGGCGAGAAGCCGUACAAACGCGUGUUGAACGCUUUCGCCGAAGUCGCCGGCAAGCACGGCUGGUCCGCAGCGCCCACAUCCUUGUCGAAUAGAGGAGAAUGCGGGAAGUGCCAUUACUCGCUGUCUGACUUGAAGUUCAGCCGGGACACUUUCCAGGAAUUAGUGGAUGCCUUUAUGAAGAGGGUAAUCGUAGGAUCAGAUAUCUAUUUUACAUCCAAUCCACGGGAGCUGCGGAAAUUCAUGGAGUUCGUCGAGAGGACUAAACCCUACGACAUAGUGAUCGACGGACUCAAUAUAACGUAUACAAUGAAGAAAGUCAAUCCACGAUCGUUGCCCAUGGUGGUUGAGCAUUUCGUCAAACGCGAUCAAAAGGUGCUCGUGUUAACCCGGAAGCAUCAGAAGAAGCUGUCCAUGUUGAACUACGUACAGCAGCAUGCGUACGUCUUCUGGACCGACAACUUGUCCAUGGACGAUCCGUAUUUAUUGUACGCGACUCUGGCGAGCGGGGAAAAUGCGAUGUUCGUAUCGUCAGAUCUGAUGCGCCGGCACAAGUCCCUUCUGCAGGACAAACGCUUGCAGUGGGUGUUCAAGAAGUGGCAGUGCUCGCAUCAGUAUUUCACGAAAUCGAGGGGACCCCAUGUACAGAUUACUUCGCCAUACAACUUCAUGCCGCACAGCCAGAAAAACUCCGACAGCUGGCAUAUACCGUACAUCAGCGACGAUUCUACGAACCCAGACACGCACGAGUUCCCCGACCUGUGGUAUUGUUUCCAUAAAAAGAGAAAAUAAAAUCAACAUUACAAGUACGUUAUAUUUAUGCUUCGUUUGAAUUAUUUCGAAAGCUAUCUCGAUCGGAUUUUAUCUUUCUGUAGUAAUACUUGGAAUAAAGAACUAAAGUACGUCCGGCUCAUCAUUGAGUCGUA